AUGGUUAUAAUGGAACACGUAUUUAAGGUAGCAUUGAGGAGUAAUUCGAAAGAAAAGAAAAGUAAAAUUCCAAAUAGAAUACGAAAAGUACCAGAUUAUGAACAGUUAAGGUUUGCAAAUGAAGAUAUAAAUAAACUGUCGAGAUACAUUAAAGUGCAACGAUUAAAACUAUAUGCAUCGUGUUCCUUGCAUGAUUUUGAACAAUUUAAAUAUAUAUUGAACGAAAAAAUGAAAUUCAAUGAUCUAAUUUUGGAUAUUAAAGCAACGAUUCCAUUAGAACAAUUCCAAAUAACAACUCUUACACCUAACAAAGAACAAAUCGAAUAUUUAUUUGCUAAUAUAGUCGAUGCUAUAUAUAAAGCAACAGGUUUAUCAUUUGUGAUAUAUAAGUCUAGGAAUAUCCGAGAUUACAGAGUAUUCUCUAAACUGUAUAAAUGUAAACAAGAAAGAGGUAGAUUAAACAGAGAAAUAUGCCCUGAUGGCAAUGAAAAUUUUAUUGAGAAUAAUGCACAAAUAAAUUCAGAUAAUAAUGGAACUAAAGGAAUUUUAAAUUCUAAUAAUAAAAAAAGAUUUGAUUGUAACUCAAAAAUGUUAUUAUCCAUUCAUAAAAAUUACGGUUUUUUACAAAUAAUAUUACAACAUAAAAUACAACAUGAACCUCUUAUAAGUAAUAAAAAUUUUGAAGAGUUAUUGGAUAGAUUAAUGAAUGGUGAUUACACUACUAUUGAUGUAGAUAAUCAUAUCAACAACUACAAUUAUUAUAACAGUAACAAUAAUGUUGAUAAUCUAACAACAUAUAACGAUACCUUUUAA